AUGGUAAAGUCACCGAAAACGUCAUCCAACAAAAAGUCAUUUUCGUCACUUAACAAAAAGUCAUCCAGCAAAAGUCCGCGAAGAAAGGAUUCCACUGUGGCGCGAGGUCAGUCCCGGAAAACGUCACGUUCUAGUAGUCGUAGCCGCAGUAUUCAUAGUACACCUCGUUCACGUUCCAGUUCCCGCGGUCGUGGUUCAUUUUCGAGAAAGAAAACAAUUUCCCCAGUGGUGAAGAAAUUCGACGACUCAGCAGUGAAAAAAAUUGUCCCUUUAUACUAUAGUCCCAAAAAUAAUUCGAGUUACAAAACGUUUCCAUUUACGGAUAAGGGCAUACAACGACCUGUUCCGACAAUGCGUUUACUGCAACCGAUGAAUGUGAACAACUUGAAGAUCAAAGGAGUAAAGCUUAAGCGACGUCUUUAUGCUCAUUGCAAGCGAUUGUCGCGUUUCUAUAUCAUCACGGCAGUCCUUGUAUUAAUCGGGCUGGGAAUCUUCUACACUGGUUAUACCAUAGAUCAGAUGGCGAAAUACGCUCGUAAACAUAUCGAUUUUGUUACAACAUAUGUGAAAAAACGUGAUUGA